AUGUACUGGCGAGAACCUGAUCAGUGUUCAUUAAGCCUCUCUACGUCUCUAGGGGAAGUCCAACGGCCCCUUGCGAUAUUUCACGCGCUGGGUGAUCAGAGUGACCUGCACGAGAAGUGUUUAGACGCCGCCGAUGCAUCGCAUUCGACUGUUGGGUUGCUUUCUUUGUCCAAGAAUGUCCGUUGGCCCCCUUUGUUGCCCCAAUCAAACGAGCAAAAGUCGUCUUUCUGGCAGGCUGACGGAUCUUUCAGCUGCGACUGGGCAGCCCUAAGGGCAGGCGAGGCAUUUUGCUCCUCCGUAGAUGCGUGCUGUGUCUCAUGCCUUUCCCGGACUCUGGGAGGCCCCUCAGAGAUGACUUCUGCCUUGCUAGAGAAGCUGCGAGCAGGGGCAAAGACUGCAAUUAAAGAAGAAAUUACCCAUCUCAUUGAGAUGGUCAAGGCCUCGGCUGCGAGCAGCGCAGUCAUUCCAGGACAAGAUGGCAGCGGGCUCUCGGAGGCUUCGGAGGAUUUGACGCAGCAGCUUCUCAAGCAUCCGGCAUUGCAAGCAGUGGCAUUCUUAAGCGUACACGAACGCCGCCUGGCUGUAUUUGAGAUGUGGCUUGAUCGGUGGCAAGUUCUCUCUCGAGACUACAAAUGUACAUGCGGCAGUGCGGAGGCGACGAGCGCUAGCUUGAAUCGAAUCGCUUCAGGAUCUGCCAGCACUAAUGUUGAGGCUCUAAGAGCUCAAGUUGCUCGACUAUGGGAAGAUGCACGUCAGGCGCACCAGGAGGAAGAGUCCGUCGUCGCAGAAGCCAGGAGUGUGAUGCGUUCGUGGCGCUUGGUGCGAUUACAGCUGUCAGUAGAGCUGAUGAAGAAACAGCAGCAGCUGCUUCUGGCAAUUGAGAGAGUAAAAGCCCUUGAGAAAGUUCGCGAAGACCCAACCUUUGGUAUUGUUGAGCGUGCACAGCAACAGCUGCGGCCUGCGUCUUCUGACGCAAAGAUAUCCACCUACAAAGAAAGCCUCAGCUUCAUCGCCGACAAGUGCAACAAACUCGCUAGCUUAACACAGCUAAUCCAACAGCAGUUCCCGCAGACCCACACAGCGGGUUUGCGAAGACCUAGUUGGGAGGCAUCUCAACUGGUCUAUACUGCCGGCGAGGCAGCUGACGCCCCAGCCGACUUGGGUCUGCUUGGAGUUUUGCGGGAGCUGCAGACGCCGCAUGCGUCGAUGCAUUCUCCUCAUUCACUGCGUGCUCGAGGCUCGUCGCAUGCCGCUUCACCAGUCCUGCAGACGAAAGACCGCAGCGCGGCGCCUCCAUUCCAGCAGCCACCUACAGAUGACGAUGAUGCCCUACGGAGGGGACAAAAUAGUGCACCCAUAGAUGUCAGGACGACCCGUUCUCCCAUUCAUCCAGGGAAUCUGAGAGCUACGGGAGAGGCGCCAGCCAGCUCGGCGCGAGGAGCAGUCCCUGCUGCGUCGCUGAACUCCCCAGACGGCCGCCACAGGAACAACGCUCUCGUAGAGCCAGGCAGCAACAAGCGAACUCGGGAGCCAGAGGAGGCGUCGCUGAGGAGCCGCUGGAGGCGAGCUCUUCCUUCAGCGAUUCACGCCGAUCUUGAUUUGGACGCCGAAGCCGCGUGGCAACCUGUAGAGCCCACACCAAAGGGAGACCCACUGGUAGAGGCCGUCUGGGUUGAUUCGUUCUUGCGAAGACGUCCCGAUGCGAAGUGA